CUUCCGGCUUGUCCAAAGUGAUCUGCCCAUUUGGAGCAUUCUGUACUGUGCAAAAUCAAGCCCACUUGCAAGAGUUAGAGGGUGGCUUGAUAUGGGCAAUGCACCUGUUUGCCAGGCUUGUCGCACAGAUAAAGGUGUGAGGGUACAAGGGAAUAUACAAGAUGUGGAUAAAAUUCCAGACUAUUAUGGAUGCAACAAUGGUGAGAGUAAAGAUCUUGAGGCACUGUCUGACAGCAAUGCAAGCUUCCUCAGAGCUGCCAGGGCUGGCAAUCUGGACAAAGUAGUGGAAUUUCUAAAGGGAGGAAUAGAUAUCAAUACAUGUAAUCAGAAUGGACUCAACGCUCUCCACCUUGCUGCAAAAGAAGGCCAUGUGGGUUUGGUUCAAGAAUUGCUGGAAAGAGGAUCUGCAGUGGAUUCUGCUACUAAGAAAGGUAACACUGCACUGCACAUUGCAUCCUUGGCUGGACAGGGCGAAGUGGUCAAAGUUCUAGUUAAGGAAGGAGCCAAUAUUAAUGCACAGUCUCAGAAUGGCUUUACGCCUUUAUACAUGGCAGCCCAAGAAAAUCACAUUGAAGUAGUGAAAUACCUUCUGGAAAAUGGAGCCAAUCAGAGCACUGCUACUGAGGAUGGCUUCACUCCAUUAGCAGUUGCAUUGCAGCAAGGUCACAAUCAAGCAGUGGCUAUCCUUCUAGAGAAUGACACGAAAGGGAAAGUCCGUUUGCCGGCAUUGCACAUCGCUGCCAGGAAAGAUGACACCAAGUCAGCAGCACUUCUGCUCCAGAAUGAUCACAAUGCUGAUGUUCAGUCUAAGAGUGGCUUCACACCUUUGCACAUAGCAGCACACUAUGGAAAUGUUAAUGUAGCAACACUUCUGCUCAACCGAGGAGCUGUUGUGGACUUCACAGCAAGGAAUGGAAUCACUCCACUGCAUGUGGCUUCCAAAAGGGGAAACACAAACAUGGUGAAGCUCUUGUUGGAUCGUGGAGGGCAGAUCGAUGCUAAAACCAGGGAUGGACUGACCCCACUUCACUGUGCUGCACGAAGUGGACAUGAUCAAGUUGUAGAGCUUCUCCUUGAACGAGGUGCUCCACUGCUUGCCAGGACCAAGAAUGGACUUUCUCCUCUUCACAUGGCUGCCCAAGGUGAUCACGUAGAAUGUGUCAAACACCUACUGCAGCACAAAGCUCCGGUGGAUGAUGUCACAUUGGAUUACUUGACUGCCCUCCAUGUGGCAGCACACUGUGGCCACUAUCGUGUCACCAAACUUCUGCUGGACAAGAGAGCAAAUCCAAAUGCUCGUGCUUUGAAUGGUUUUACUCCACUACACAUUGCUUGCAAGAAAAAUCGCAUUAAAGUCAUGGAACUGCUGGUGAAAUACGGGGCUUCUAUCCAAGCUAUAACAGAGUCGGGCCUCACUCCAAUACAUGUGGCUGCAUUUAUGGGUCAUUUGAACAUAGUACUCCUUCUGCUGCAGAAUGGAGCCUCUCCAGAUGUCACUAACAUUCGUGGAGAGACUGCAUUACACAUGGCAGCUCGUGCAGGACAGGUGGAAGUGGUGCGUUGCCUCCUAAGGAAUGGUGCUCUUGUUGAUGCCCGAGCAAGAGAGGAACAGACUCCACUGCAUAUUGCUUCUCGGUUGGGAAAAACAGAAAUUGUCCAGCUAUUGUUGCAACACAUGGCUCAUCCUGAUGCUGCAACCACUAAUGGAUAUACACCACUGCACAUCUCUGCCCGAGAAGGUCAAGUUGAUGUAGCAUCAGUGCUCUUGGAGGCAGGUGCAGCACACUCUUUGGCAACCAAGAAGGGAUUCACACCACUGCAUGUGGCUGCAAAGUAUGGAAGCAUAGAUGUGGCAAAACUCCUGUUGCAGCGUCGUGCAUCUCCUGAUUCAUCUGGAAAGAAUGGUCUCACCCCACUCCAUGUUGCUGCUCAUUAUGACAACCAGAAGGUGGCACUACUGUUGCUGGAGAAAGGUUCUUCUCCCCAUGCUACUGCCAAGAAUGGAUAUACACCUCUACAUAUUGCUGCUAAGAAGAAUCAGAUGCAGAUAGCCACAACCCUGCUGAACUAUGGAGCAGAGACCAAUAUUCUGACCAAACAAGGAGUUACCCCUCUUCACUUGGCCUCUCAGGAAGGUCAUGCUGACAUGGUAAACUUGCUUCUGGAGAAAGGUGCCAAUAUUCAUGUAGCCACAAAGAGUGGAUUGACAUCUUUACACUUAGCAGCUCAAGAAGAUAAAGUGAAUGUAGCAGAUAUGCUGAUAAAGCAUGGAGCAAACAAAGAUGCUCAGACUAAGCUAGGUUAUACACCAUUAAUUGUGGCUUGUCACUAUGGGAACAUUAAGAUGGUCAACUUUCUCCUCAAGCAAGGAGCAAAUGUUAAUGCUAAGACAAAGAAUGGAUACACUCCUCUGCAUCAAGCUGCUCAACAAGGUCAUACUCACAUUAUCAAUGUGCUUCUCCAGCAUGGGGCCAAACCAAAUGCAACCACAGCGAAUGGUAAUACUGCCUUAGCAAUUGCUAAGCGUCUGGGAUACAUCUCAGUGGUCGAUACAUUAAAGGUUGUAACAGAGGAAGUAAUUACCACCACAACUACUGUAACUGAGAAGCAUAAACUUAAUGUACCCGAAACUAUGACUGAAGUCUUAGAUGUUUCUGAUGAGGAAGGUGAUGACACUAUGACAGGAGAUGGAGGAGAAUACCUUAGACCAGAAGACCUGAAAGAACUAGGUGAUGAUUCCUUACCUAGCAGCCAGUUCCUAGAUGGUAUGAAUUACCUGAGGUACAGCCUGGAAGGAGGCCGAUCUGACAGUUCAGACAAGUCCCAUACGCUGAGCCACGUCUCCUAUCUGAGGGACAGCACCAUGAUUGAUGACACAGUUGUUAUCCCCAGCCAUCAGGUAUCCACACUGGCCAAGGAAGGUGAAAGGACAUCAUAUCGCCUAAGCUGGAGUCCUGAUAACCUAGACAAUAUUGCUCUUUCUGCUAGCCCUAUACAUUCUGGUUUCCUGGUCAGUUUUAUGGUGGAUGCUCGAGGUGGUGCCAUGCGGGGCUGCAGGCACAAUGGACUUAGAAUCAUUAUUCCACCUCGGAAAUGCACUGCUCCAACUCGAGUUACCUGCCGCUUGGUCAAACGCCAUAGACUGGCUACAAUGCCUCCAAUGGUGGAAGGAGAAGGGUUGGCUAGCCGUCUCAUUGAAGUUGGGCCUUCUGGUGCUCAGUUCCUUGGGCCUGUGAUUGUCGAGAUCCCUCACUUUGCGGCUCUACGUGGUAAAGAAAGAGAGCUGGUGAUCCUGAGGAGUGAGAAUGGAGACAACUGGAAGGAGCAUUUCUGUGAAUAUACAGAGGAUGAACUAAAUGAAAUCCUAAAUGGAAUGGAUGAAGUACUUGAUACUCCAGAAGAACUGGAAAAGAAACGCAUUUGCCGUAUCAUCACUCGAGACUUUCCACAGUACUUUGCAGUGGUAUCACGGAUCAAACAAGACAGUAACCUCAUUGGACCUGAAGGUGGUGUGCUAAGUAGCACAGUAGUACCUCAAGUACAAGCUGUCUUUCCAGAGGGAGCAUUAACAAAGCGAAUUCGUGUUGGUCUUCAGGCCCAACCUAUGCACAAUGAGCUUGUAAAGAAGAUUUUAGGCAACAAAGCCACAUUCAGCCCUAUUGUCACACUGGAACCCAGAAGAAGAAAAUUUCAUAAACCAAUUACAAUGACGAUUCCUGUUCCCAAAGCCUCCAGUGAUAUGAUGAUUAAUGGAUAUGGGGGUGAAACGCCCACUUUAAGACUACUAUGCAGUAUAACAGGUGGAGUAACACCUGCUCAGUGGGAAGACAUUACAGGAACAACGCCAUUAACAUUUGUCAAUGAAUGUGUUUCCUUCACCACAAAUGUAUCUGCCAGGUUUUGGUUGAUAGAUUGUCGACAAAUACAGGAAUCUGUUACCUUUGCAUCUCAAGUGUAUAGAGAGAUCAUUUGUGUUCCCUACAUGGCCAAAUUUGUAGUAUUUGCCAAAUCUCAGGAUCCCAUAGAAGCCCGACUAAGAUGCUUCUGCAUGACAGAUGAUAAGGUUGAUAAAACAUUAGAACAACAAGAAAACUUUGCUGAAGUUGCUCGAAGCCGGGAUGUUGAGGUACUAGAAGGUAAACCUAUUUAUGUGGACUGUUUUGGGAAUCUAGUGCCAUUAACGAAGAGUGGCCAACAUCAUAUAUUCAGUUUUUAUGCCUUCAAAGAAAAUAGACUUCCAUUGUUUGUCAAGGUUCGGGACACAACUCAAGAACCUUGUGGACGCUUGUCUUUCAUGAAGGAACCCAAAUCAUCACGAGGCCUAGUGCAUCAAGCUAUCUGCAAUCUGAAUAUCACAUUACCAGUUUACACAAAGACUGAGAUGACAUCAGAAAAACAUGAUGAUGAAACGGAAUCUACAGAAACAUCUAUCCUGAAAAGUCACCUUGUCAAUGAAGUUCCUGUCCUAGCCAGUCCAGACUUGCUGUCAGAAGUCUCUGAGAUGAAACAAGAUUUGAUUAAAAUGACUGCCAUCCUGACAACAGACUCUUCUGAAAAGCCAGGCUCCAUUAAGGUGAAAGAUCUUGCAAAAUCUUCUGAUGAAGAGCCUGGAGAGCCCUUUGAAAUUGUGGAAAGAGUAAAAGAGGACUUGGAAAAAGUAAAUGAAAUUCUUAGAAGUGGAAGCUGCCUCAAAGAAGAACCAGUUCUUCAGAGAUCCAGCUCAGGAAGAGAAUUGGUAGAAGAAGAAUGGGUUAUUUUAAGUGAUGAAGAAAUUGAAGAAGCCAAGCAGAAUGUUCCUUCAGAAGUCACUGAGCCUGUUUGUACAGAAUUAAGAACAGGAAAAGGAAAAAUAGAAAGAGAAGCAAAAGAUAUGGCUGGAAUGAUAGAUUACCUCAGUGAGGAUCUAAAGGCUUUUGUGUCUUUGAAUGAAAUGCAUCCAAAGAAAGUUCAAGAAGACAUAGUAGGAGAGAAAUUUGAAGCGGUUGUUCUAAGCAGAGGGUCUGAAACAGAUGAGGGAGACAAAGGAAAACAAAGGCAACACAGACCUACCUUGGAAAUUAAAAAGCCUGUUAGAAAAAAAUUAAAAGAUAAACAAAAGGCAAAGGAUGAAGAAGCCCAAGAAAAAGAAGAACCUUCAGGACUAACUAAAUUCAGCUCUGAAGAGUCAUUAGAUGAAAAACUGGGUUUACCCCCUGCAGAGCCUGCCAAGGCAACUGCUGUGUCUCCUGUUAUAGAAGAGACUCCUAUUGGUUCAAUCAAAGAUAAAGUGAAAGCCCUUCAGAAGCGUGUGGAAGAUGAGCAGAAAGGACGCUCAAAAUUGCCUGUCCGGGCCCCUGGGAAAGAAGGGACAGCUGAGAAGUCUGUUACAAAACCAUCACAAGCUAAGAAAAUUAUUUUCAAAUCAAGGGCACCAGCUUCUCCCCCUGCUUCAAAGACUCCAGCUUCUGCCUCUUCCUCAAAGACUCUAGCUUCCCCCUCUUCCUCAAAGACUCCAGCUUCUCCCUCUCAAUCUAAACUCUCCUCUCCCUCUGCCAAGAAACCAGCUGUUUCUCCCACAACUAAGAAGCCAACUGUUUCUCCCACAGCUAAGAAACCACCUGUUUCUCCUACUUCUAAGAAGCCUCCUGUUUCUCCCACUACGAAGAAGCCCCCUGUUUCGCCCACAACUAAGAAGCCACCUGUUUCACCAUCUUCCAAAACAGAAAGACUUGAAGAGACUAUGUCUGUUCGUGAAUUGAUGAAAGCAUUCCAGUCAGGUCAAGAUCCCUCAAAGCAUAAGGCUGGACUUUUUGAGCAUAAAUCUAUAAAGCAGAAACAGCAGGCCAUUGACAAAGAGCCAGCUAAGAAAGGAACUGCUCAGACAGAGAGUGAAAAGAAGCAAGCCUUUCCACAUAGAGAGAUACACAAAAAAGACAGCCCCAAAAGCAAACGGGGCCAGGAACCUCAGGCAGAAACAGGUUUGCAGUUGAAAAAAGAGGCAAAGGAUAUAACUCUGAAGAAAGAUUUAGUUACACAGCAGGUAAAACUGCAGAGUAAUAAAACUACAACAAAAAUUUCUCCAGUUGCUGCUGAUGAAAGUUCUAAGGAAGUGGCCUUGACCAUUGAUGACCAAGGGGACACUGACCUCCAGAUCAGUCCAGACAGAAAGACAUCAACAGAUUUUUCCGAUGUCAUAAAAGAAGAGCUUGAGGACAAUGACAAAUAUCAACAGUUCCGGAACAUUUCAAUUACUGAGGAAGGUGAGCUUCACUUAGAUCAAGUUCUGACCAGUCCAUUCAAUGUUACAUUUCCAUCAGAAUAUGUGAAAGAUGGGUUUUUGCCCACUCUCUCCUUGCAAAGUGGUGCUUUGGAUGGCAGCUCAGAAAGCCUUAAACAUGAAGGUAUAGCCAAUUCUCCAAUUGGUAGCCUGCUUGAUGGAACCCCUCAGAUCAGCUCAGAGGAAAGUUAUAAGCAUGAGGGCUUGGCUGAAACACCAGAAACAAGCCCUGAGAGUCUCUCAUUCUCACCAAAGAAAACAGAAAUUGCUGACCAGAUGGAAGACACAGAACUAGCCAGUGCAGUACAGAGAACAGCAGAGACUCAGUCACCAAAGGGACUUUCUCCAAAAGAAAGUGAAAAGACUGUUGCUGACCAAGACCUAAAAGCUAUCACAAAGAUCUCAGAGUCUCAUUCCCAUCAUUUGUCUGAAGAACAAGUCAUGGCCUCCAAAGAAGAGAUAGGGAAAUAUAUUGAUUCUAGCUCAACUGCAGUUAGUGAAGAUGCUUUCAGGGAUGAGUUAUCUGUGGCUGCUGAUCAAGGACAUUUAAUGGAGUUACCAGAAAUAUAUACUACUUCUUUAGAGAAAGUUGAGGGUGCAUCUUUAGAGCACCAUGCCAUUAGUAGAGGACUGGCACUUUCACUUCCUAGCCAUGACAGUGAAGGUCUUAGUCCAGUUGCAGAUGAAUCCAUAGCUAUAAGCCAUAAAGAUUCCCUGGAAGCAAGCCCAGUGCUGGAAGACAAUUCCUCACGUAAGACACCUGAUUCACUUGAGCCUAGUCCUACCAAAGAAUCCCCCUGCCGUGAUUCUCUUGAAAGCAGUCCUGUAGAACAGAAAACAAAGACUGGCAUUAUUCCAGGGCCUGGUCCCAUUUUGACUGCCCUUGCCAAAGCAGAGAAUUUCCCAGAGCUGACACCUGUGAGAUCAAGACUGUUACGUGAUCCAGAUGGGAGUGCUGAAGAUGACAGCUUAGAACAAACAUCUCUUAUGGAAAGUUCAGGGAAAAGCCCUCUUUCACCUGAGACUCCAAGCUCUGAGGAAAUUAGUUAUGAAAUCACACCCAAAAUUACAGAUUCACAGGUGUUGUCAAAUAUAUCGAAGUCGGCUGUGAUUCCUGAAGUUAUUGAAGAGCCAGAAGAUGAUCCAGAAGGUGAGCCAAAGAAAAGGUUCACACCAGAAGAAGAAAUGUUUAAGAUGGUGACCAAAGUUAAAAUGUUUGAUGAGCUGGAACAGGAGGCAAAACAGAAGAGAGACUAUAAAAAAGAUUCCAAACAAGAUGAUGAUGCUUCAGCUUCCGAUUUGGAAGCUGCUCCUGAAGCUCCUGAAAUUGCAUCCUCAACUAGUACAGGGGACAGUUGUAUACCUACUGUAGUGACAUCUGCAGUUGACACUAGAAAGUCUUCUUCCUCUUCAGAAAGUGAACCUGAAUUAACAAAGCUGAAAAAAGAAGCUGAUUCUGGGCUGUUAAUGGAGCCUCUAAUUAGAGUGCAGCCUCCAUCACCCCAUCUUUGCAAUAUGGAUUCAAGUUCCAGUCCUGAAGAAACAGGGUUUCAGCCUAUUGAACUAAAGCAACAAUCAUUCAGUACGGAAGAGGAUAAUACAGAAUCAGAUAAACCAAAUGAGGAAACAAAAAUGUCUGGAGAUACAUCACUUGCCUCUGAUGCUAGUAUCAUAGCACAAGCCAGCGAGUCCAAAUGCUACAGCACAGAUGAGAGUGACACAGUUAGCCCUAAUGGCCCUGUGAUGCCACCUGAGGAGUCUUUCUACCAUUCUGCUGGUGAUGGUGCUCAAAAAGAAGCUGAGUUGUAUGAAACCUCAGUGACAUCACAUCAUCAGGAUGAUUCUGAAAAAGAUUCUACAGCAGCUGAGAGUGUACCACAUAGGGAUCUAUUUACUGGAGGAACUGCAGAAGGUUCCUGUCAGCCUGGUACCGCCCAUUGCUGUGUAUCCCAACAUGAUGAAUUGGCUACUAUUGUUCCACCUGUUCACUCCCCUUUGGGAAGUGAUAAGGCUGGAACUGAUAAAGAUUUUGAGAUGGCAGAGAGGGAUUGUUGUAGUCCAGAGCACUCCAGAGAAUCUUUUUCUCUUAUAACUCAAGAAGAGGAAUGUGAAGGUAAGGUAGAAUAUAAUCCUGAAAGUAGUGCUCUGCCUAUAACAAGCCCUUAUGAAAAUGUUCCUUCACAACAUUUUUUUAGUAGCACUGAAAUUAGUACAGGAACUGAUUUAAGGACAACAACAGACAUGUCAUUUAGAGGUGGUCAUUCUGGUGAAGAAAAAACUAUAUUGACUGAAGAAAUAGCAAUAAAAAGAUCCCUAUAUAGACCAGAAUCAGCAGGUUGUGGGGAUCAGACCUCAGAGGAUAUCAAUGUGGAGAUAGAAUCGAAACAGGUGGAUAUCUUUCAGAAAAUAACAUCGCCAGUGUCUACAACAUCAGACCUUGCACCAUUAGAUGAAGCUGCUCUACAAGAUAUCAGAGAGGAAGCUGAGAAAAUAAUCAGUCAAGUAAUCAUAACCAGAACAGAUGUGGAUUCAGAUAAGUGGAGUCAAAUACGUGAAGAUGAUGAUGCUUUUGAGGCACGUGUAAAAGAGGAAGAACAAAAGAUCUUUGGUUUAAUGGUAGAUAGAAGAUCACAAGGUACUACACCUGAUACAACACCCGCCAGAACUCCUACAGAGGAAGGAACACCCACCAGUGAACAAAACCCUUUCCUCUUCCAGGAGGGAAAAUUAUUUGAAAUGACAAGGAGUGGUGCAAUUGACAUGACCAAGAGGAAUUAUUCUGAUGAAAACCUACACUUUUUCCAAAUGGAAGAACAUUCACAGGAAGAGGUAUCAUUAUCUGAAGAAAUGAAAGAAGCUGAAGGCCAAGAAUCUCUCCAGCAGGAUCAAACCUCAGUUCAAUCUGCAUCUUCUGAACUGGGUAAAGCAGAGAUGCAUACAAACGAUUCACUCCUAUCUGUAUCUGAGGAUGAGGCCAGUGGCUUACAUAGCACAAAGGGGGAUAUUAAAUCUAGAAUUCCUAUAAAAAUGGGUAUUUCAGCAUCUUCAAAGUCACCAAAGAAAGAAACUGCUGCUUCUGAUGUUGAUUCCAUUUCUACUCUUGACGCAGGUGACAUGUUAGAUAGCUCCCAGGUGCCUUGCCCAAUAUCUCCCGAGCAGACUGUGAUUGAUGUGCAGUUAAAUUUUUCAACAGUCACUAGGUCUGUUUAUGCUGAACAGGAUGAUGACUCCCCAGAUUCCUCACCUGAGGAACAGAAAUCUGUAAUUGAAAUCCCUACUGCUGUCCUAGAAAGUGUGCCUUCUUCUGAAAGCAAAUCCAAAAUCCCAGUCAGGACAGGUCCCUCUACACCUCACUCAUUACACCAAUCAGAAAGUCUCCCUUCAGAUGGCAUGGUAAACAACCUAGAAGAAUCACAAGAUGAUCCAUCCACACCAAAGUCUAAAAUCCCAGUCAAAGCAGUUUUCCAAAGAGUUGAGCAAGAGUGUAUGUACACAGACACAUCAGUUUGGAAGCCAGAGUCAUCUAAACCCCUUGACAUAACAUGCACACUACCUAUGAAACAAGACAUUAGGAGCAAAUCUGAAUCUGAUGCAAGUGCCUCCACGGACCCAAAGUCUAAGCAUUCAGUCAAAGCUAGACGUUAUGCUGAGGCAGACGCAGACACCAGAGAGAGGGGGGUUGACAUGAAGCUUGAGUUAGAAUCAGAUGAGCUGAUGACUGCACGGCCAAAGAUAUUUUCUUCACGGUUACCUGUUAAGAGCAGAAACACCUCAGCUUCCCACGGUGCUGUUAGUCCCUCAAAAGAAAGUAAGGAACAUUUUUUUGACCUUUACAAAAACUCCAUAGAAUUCUUUGAAGAGAUUAGUGAUGAAGCUUCCAAGUUAGUGGAUAGACUUACACAGUCAGAGAGAGAACAAGAAUUAGUUUCAGAUGAUGAAAGUAGUAGUGCCCUAGAAGUUUCGGUUAUUGAAAAUGUGCCAUCCAUUGAGACCCAGCAGUCAGUUGCCGAGGACAUCUUUGACACCAGGCCCAUUUGGGAUGAGUCCAUUGAGACUCUGAUUGAGCGUAUUCCUGAUGAAAAUGCCCCUGAUCAUGUUGAAGAUCAACAGGAUGAUCGGGAAAGGACAGAAGAAAGACUAGCACAUAUUGCUGAUCAUCUUGGAUUUAGCUGGACAGAGCUGGCAAGAGAACUAGAUUUCACAGAAGAACAAAUUCAUCAGAUUCGAAUUGAGAAUCCUAAUUCACUGCAGGACCAGAGUCAUGCACUGCUGAAAUAUUGGCUGGAAAGAGAUGGGAAACAUGCCACAGAUUCGAGUCUUACUGAAUGUCUUACAAAAAUUAACCGAAUGGAUAUUGUUCACCUAAUGGAAAGUAGUGUGGAAAUGGCUCGAGAUCAUGGUCGUACUUAUGCAGAAAUUGAGCAGACAAUGGGACUGGAUCACAGUGAAGGAUUUUCUGCACUCCAUGAAGACUUGUACAGCACAACAGUUAAGAAGGAGGAAGAACAUUCUUUUUCUAAAGACAGCGAACAAUCUGAUCACCCUCCACUUGUCUCUGAAGAAGACAUUUCUGUCAGCUACUCACCCUUGCAUGAAGGCACACCCAGGGCUGAGGCAGAAGUAUCUGUUGUAGAACUCCUACGACAAGUCUCAGGGAAUCCAGACAUGCUGACAGAGGAUUCAUCUACUGUUACACAUGAGUACUUUGUCACAGCCUCUGGAAUAGAUAAGACAGAAGCACCCAAAGUUGGAAAAACAGCAAGUAUUGCCAGUGAAAAGUCUGAGGGCUCUACUGCGGUAUCUGAAGAUCUUGAAAGAAUGUACCUUCAUACCCCAACAUCUAGUGAGCGAACUGAUUCACCCAUUGUGCAAGAACCAGAAGACCAUCACUUCCAACAAGAAGAUUUAUAUCCCAGGAAAAAUAGCUUAGUAAUAGUAGAAUCAACUGAUGAACAGCCAGGCAAGUCAGAAAGAUAUGAAGAAGAGUUAUUGGAAAAGGCUGAUGAUAUGCUUGAAAUGCCACCAGAAGCUGUAACAGAGGAACAGUACACUGAUGAACAUGGUCAUAUUGUGGUGAAGAAGGUCACUAGGAAAAUCAUCAGGCGAUUUGUCUUACCUGAUGGAACAGAAAAGGAAGAAGUUGUGAUGCAAGGAGAACCACAGGAACCUGUUACAGUGGAAGAGGGAGAUGGAUUUUCCAAAGUCAUAAAACGUGUUGUGUUAAAGAGUGAUAGUGAACAAUCAGAGGUGACCUUUUCUGAGCCAAGUGUUUUAUCUAGUGCCUCAGAAUUUCAGUCCGAACCAGUAGAAGGCCGCAAAGUGAGCAAGGUUGUAAAGACUACAGUUGUUCAUGGGGAGCGAAUGGAGAAACACCAUGGAGAUACUAGCUUAGCAACUGAUCUUCCAUCAGCCAAAGAUGACUUUGAAGAGGCCUUGAGUUAUGCAGGUAACAAAAUGAAAAUUGAACUCUCACCACUAGUAGAAAAAGAGAUCAUGAAAGAGGAUGGCUCAGUUAUUAAAAGGACAACAAUGAAUAAAGCCAGUACACAGAAGAGGACUGUGGUUAAGGACCAGUAUGGAAACCGUAUUCAUGUGGAAGUGUUGGAGGACACACCAGAAGCACUACCCCGUGAUGACCUUCAGCAUGACCUUCAGCAACUACUAAAACAUUUCUGCAAAGAUGAGUGGAAGAAAGAGGCCAAAUGAGAUGCUGCUAAAUCUCACCGACAGACCAACACACAUAUCCACUUAAUAUACAGCAUUCACAUUCUUCUUUUGCCAUGGAUGUUAUAAUUUAACAGAAUCACUGGAGGACACUGAUAUUUCUGUUUUGGCCAUAGAGUGUAGGUCUUCCCCUCCCCAUUUUUUUCCCUUCUUUUUUAAAUAUCCAUAAGCUAAUUUGUGACCAAAGAUAGCAUCCUUCAUUAGGGAUGGUUCGUCCACUAAAAGUCCUUGACUUUGUGCUGUACUGGAAAUGUGUAGUAUUUGCCAUUUUUGUUGUUCCUUUGCUUUCACAUCAUCUACAUAAAAACAGUUUCUUCCACAGGCCUCUUCACGUGACAAUGUACACAAUGUACUUUUAAGAGGGGAAUAUUAACAUUAAUCUGUAAAUAGCUAAAGUGCUUGGACUCACAAGACUGAAAGAAAAAAAACACUGCCUAUUGUGACUACUUUUAGCAUGGAGGACUACAAGAUCAAUUGAAACUGUUGAAGAGCAAUUCAUAUAAUAUUGCUAACACAAUCCAUUGAUUCUAAGACUUGGAUCUACUGAGAAGGAAGUGUGCCAAGCCAUCUGUGUUCAUAGGACUUCCAGCUUAAUGAUCCACCUGACCUUGAAGAUUUCAGGAGUCAGGAUGAAACCUCAAACUCUGUUUCUCUUUAAACACAGCUGAUUGCAGCCAUCACUGCUUUUCUGACUCCUGGGAAGGCACCUAAAGAUUUCGUGAAGAAAAAUAAAUUCCCAGCUCAAUAUAGCUUGCUAGCAGCUAUAUUUGUGGCACAUUUGCAUACUGUAUUCACCCCUUUUAGAUCGGGACUUGAGGCAGGGUGCAUUAAACUGCUCUGACUACUGUAGUUUCCUGUUUUCAUCACUGCUUUAGCAAACCACAUUGUCUUACUGGUGGUUCUUUCUGCUGGCCACUGCACUGUAGAUAACUUGACAGGGCACAAAAAAGAAAUCCUUUCCCACUCUUCAAGAAAGGUUAAUCUAAAGUUAUCACAUUUUAUCAGGACUGUCUGCUAACCUGGUAUAUGCAUGUGGCAUAGGAAAAUGAAAACCCUCUUGUGAUCAUGGUCAACAGCUUCUCAUCUCUCUCAGCACUGAGCGAGCAGAUUUUUAUCUUCCAUUUCAGUUUUUUAAUUUGAGGUUUUGCUUAGAUAAGGAUACAAAUCUAUCAGGCAUUUGAUUUUUUGUUGAUCUUUUAUUUAUAUUCAUUCACCACCUUUCAUGAACCAUACUGUAAAUGUCUGCACUUUGUUUUUCCAAGAAGGGCAUCUGCAGCUCUGGAAAUAGUCUGUGGUCUGUAACUAAUUCUAAUAGUGGUCUGAAGCUCUGUAGCAUUUUAACAUAUAUAUGUAAUUAUAUAUAUUAUAUAUACAUAUAAAAUGAUAUACAUUUUGAAUCAGUUAUUUGAUAAAGACAAAGUAUAUUCAACAAUGAUGGGACACGUCCUCCAGGGUUGAUAUUUUUCAAAACCUAGCUAGGCUUUUCUUUCUUGUAUAAAAAAAAAAUAUGACUCACUCAGUGCUCAGAAUUCCGAAAAUAAAUGUUACAAAUGGCACCUCCUCAUUACGAUACCCAUGCUGAGAGAAAGGAAACAUUUUAUUAAGGAGAUUUUGGUUUCCUGCUUAAGAAGCUACCCGAAGUGCUAUGCCAAAUAUUUUAAAAUAAAUAAAUAAAUAGGUUGGCAAGCAGGAUAUAAAUAUUUCUUGUGACGGAAAAUGAAAAGAGACCCACUUCAGGAUACACAAUAGCUCAUUUCUCAUUGUCAAGAACAUCACUGGUUGACCUUCAAGAUUGGGGCUCUACAAGAAAUGCAUUUCUGUUGUGUUAUUUGCGGUGCAGAUGAUGUUCUGUGUAACAGCAUAAUGGCUAUCCUCCUUUUUUGGUUUUGAUUUUUGCUGUGUUAUCAGAGAACUUGAAUACUGUGAGAAGGUGAUUUUAAGUUGAUGAAUUGGCAUCUUGUUCCCAUGGUGAUAACACUAACUGAAUAUAUCUAUGAGGGCAUGUAUUAGUUAAAAGAUUUAAACAAACAAACAAACAACACUAACAAUACAUAGCUGCAAUGUGUACAAUGGAUGAUUUAAUUAAAUAAAAAUGUACAAGUGUUAAAUGUAGCAGUAACUGUAUGCUUUCUUUCUUGGUACCAGCUUAGCAAGGGGGAAUUAGUUGGGCACUUUAAUAGCUAAAAUUUCAAUCCUGACAAUGUGUAGGUCGAACCCAACCAAGUUUCCUCCAAAUUUUUAGGACUACAGCUCCCAUCACCCAAGCUGACAUGGCCCCAGGAUUUGAAGAAAUCAUGGGAGCUGAAUUCCAAAACAUCUAGAGGGCUUCAUGGUGGUGAAGGUUACUCCAUGUUGUUAUUAUUAAUUCUGUUUAACAAAAAACUGAAUAGUUAAAUGACACUUAUUUUCUGUUUUCGGUUUAUGAUGGCAUUAAGUGUUAACUUUUUGAAAGCAAAUGCAGUGCUUUCAAAAUACAUGGACAUGGCAGAUGCAGUUCAGGAUUUGUUUGGUUGUGAUUCAACUGUUUAUACAUUUGUUUACUUGUAAUGGAAACAGCAACUUGGCUGCAACCUGAGGAACUUUUCCAAGAGAGAAUCCUAACAUGCAUUAGACUGUUGUCUGUUUCCAUAUUUUCUUUUGUUUUGCUUUGUUUUUUGAGGGUUGAAUCAGGUCUCCUGACUGCAUAAGUAACCAGCUGAAAAUAGAACCGUGCAUGCUUCCCUGAAAGAAGCUACUUAUGUGGAAACCUCCCACAAGGUGUGGUCUUUUUUCAGUUACAUAUAUCAGCACAGUCUCUUACUUGGGAGAUAGGCAGAUACUGCUGAAUGUGAAGAAAGUGUGGCAAAGAUUAACCAAUCUUACCAGAACCAAAAUGGCAAGAUCACCUGUUUCUGUUUCACCAACAUCAGACAAGAAGUGUAAACUUGCUUUUGCACCACAUACAAUAAAAAUGGAACAAUAGA